AAGCCCGUGCGCAGCACCGAAGACCCAACACAACCAAAAGUCUUCAGUGGGGCUGGCUCCACCUCCUGGUGCAGAAAUCCAAAAAGUCUUACAAGUUCCGGUUCUGUAGGAGGCACACGAUGCCAGCAUCUGCUCAGAGGAAGCUGCUAAGUAGCCGUUGCCUGUCUGAGAAGGGCCAUCACAUCUCCGUCCCCUCCCCAGACACCUCCCACAAGGGGCUGCGUUCCAAAAGAACCCAACCUGCAGAUCCAGAGAAAGGGGAAGUUCUCUCCAAACGUGGCUCACAAAGGCUUGGAGGGCCUGAGUUCUCCUUUGACUUGCUGCCUGAGGCAAGGGUUAUUCAAGUGACCGUUCCUCCAGGCCCUGAGGUCAGUGUACGUCUUUGCCACCAGUGGGCACUGGAGUGUGAGGAGCUGAGCCGUCCCUUUGAUGCCCAGAAAAUUGUGUCUGGGGGCUGCACUGUAGACCUGCCUUAUGAAUUCCUUCUGCCCUGUCUGUGCAUCGAGGUGUCCUACCUGCAAGAAGACACCGUGAGGCACAAAAAAUGUCCCUUCCAGAGCUGGCCUGAAGCCUAUGGCUCAGACUUCUGGGAGUCGGUGAACUUUACUGACCACAACCAGCACAGUCAGAUGGUCAUGGCCCUGACACUCCGCUGCCCACUGAAGCUGGACGCCUCCCUCUGCCAGAGGCGGGGCUGGCACACCCUCUGCGAAGACGUCCCCAAUGCCAUGGCUCGAGAGUCAGAGGGGUGGUAUGUCUUGGAGAAGGUGGACUUGCACCCCCAGCUCUGCUUCAAGUUCUCUUUUGGAAACAGCAGCCACGUUGAAUGCCCCCACCAGACAUUCGCCCCAUCCUGGAAUGUGAGCAUGGAUACCCAGGCUCAGCAGCUGGUCCUUCACUUCUCCUCAAGGAUGCCUGCCACCUUCAGUGCUGCCUGGAGCCACUCAGGCGUGGGGCAGGACAGCAUGGUGCCCCCUGUGUACAGCGUCAGCCAGACUCAGGGCUCAAGCUCAGUGACACUAGACCUCAUCGUUCCCUUCCUGAGGCCAGGGGGCUGUGUCCUGGUGUGGAGGUCAGAUGUCCAGUUUGCCUGGAAGCACCUCCUGUGUCCGGAUGUCUCUCUUAGGCUCCUGGGGCUCUUGAUCCUGGCACUGCUGGCCUUCACCACCCUACUGGGUGUUGUUCUGGUGCUCACCUGCCAGCGCCCACUGUCAGGCCCAGGUCGAGCGCGGCCGGUGCUGCUUCUGCACGUGGCGGACUCCGAGGCGCAGCGGCGCCUGGUGGGAGCGCUGGCUGAACUGCUGCGGGCCGCGCUGGGCGGCGGGCGCGACGUGAUCGUGGACCUGUGGGAGGGUACGCGGGUGGCGCGCGUGGGCCCGCUGCCUUGGCUCUGGGCGGCACGGGCGCGCGUGGCGCGGGAGCGGGGCACCGUGCUGCUGCUGUGGAGCUGCGCCGGCCCGAGCCCCGCCGGCGGCCCGGAUGCCCGCACCGCGCCCCUGCGCGCCCUGCUCCGCGCCGCCCCGCGCCCGCUGCCGCUGCUCCGCGCUUACUUCAGUCGCCUCUGCGCCAAAGGUGACAUUCCUCCGCCCCUGCGCGCCCUGCCCCGCUAUCGCCUGCUGCAAGACAUGCCGCGCCUGCUGCGGGCGCUGGACGCGCGGACUUCUACUCAAGCCACCAGCUGGGGCCGCCUCGCGGCCCGGCCGUGCCUGCGGGGUCGCGUGGAGCUGUGCCGCCAGCUGGAACGCGAGGCCGCCAAACUUGCCGAUCAAGGCUGA